UUCAUGAUAGGAAACUGUUUUACCGGCCUCUGUCAUUUCUGUGAAAUUUUGUGGUUAGUUUAGUGCCCCGUUUUUUAGCAAAAAAUUUAAACAAAUAUGUUUAAACACUUGGCAAGAGUCUGUUUGCGACUCCCUUGUGCCUUGGACACUCCAAGUUUGACAAUUUACCGACUUGCCGGCCACUCUAAGUGGCAAAACAUUAGGCACAUUAAGGGGGCUAAAGACGCCGCACGCUCUCUCCUUUUUACGAAACUAAGUCGCCAGAUGAAGGUCGCAGUCCAAGAGGGUGGUUCAGCCGAUAUAACAAAAAACUCAAAACUGGAAAAUGUGAUCGAACAAGCGAAACGUGCCAAUAUGCCCACGGCCACUAUUCAAAGCGUGUUGCGAAGCUGCGAACAAGACAAGUCCAACAGCAAAAGCCAUUUAAUUGAGAUCAAGGGCCCUGGGGGUUGUAUAAUCCUGUGUGAGGUGUUUACGAGCAAUUUGCACGCUUUGAAGCAGAACAUUACGACGAUUUUGAAAAAACACAAAAGUAAAUACAGUGAUGGGGGCGGUAUGCAUUUGUUUGAGGAGAAGGGGGUUAUUGUGGUCGAGGUCGAUGGUAAGGGGGAGAGUUUGUUGGAGGAGGCCACGGACCAUGCCAUUGAAGCUGGGGCUGAGGACGUUAAGGACGUGGGGGGUUGUCUGGAAUUCACAUGUGGGGCCACAACCCUUAGUAAGGUCGUCUCCGGUUUGGAGAAAUUUAAUUAUAAAAUUCAGAGUGCCAGUGUUGAGUUUAUACCGCUCAAAGUGCAAGAAUUGGACGAUGAAGAUAUGAAAACUUGCGCCAGUUUGUACGAAAAGUUAGAGGGGCUGCCUGACGUAGUGAGACUCUCAGAUAAUGUUGCGUAAAAUUAUUUAUUUUCCACACAAAGUACAUUAAGGAUCACAGAUUUCUUAAACAAUGUAAUUAUUGUAAAUAUAAAAAAUACACUUAUUGUUACUA